AUGGGAUUUAUAGCCGCGCGUCUCAGACUCUGCGUUGCACUCGGCAUCAACCACCAUCGUCUUACUGCCCCGUCCCUUAAACGCUUCUACAUGGCAAGCAAAACCCAAGUUCACCCGAUGGAAAUUACCUUCCUCGGAACGGCGUCGGCGGUGCCGUCCUCGACACGAAGCCAUUCGUGUCUCUCGUUGCGCAUUGGGAGCGACGUCUGGCUAUUUGAUUGUGGAGAGGGAACGCAGCGGCAACUGCAACGGAGUGUUGUAAAAAUGGGGAGGAUCAAUAGGAUCUUCCUCACUCACUUGCAUGGGGACCAUAUUUUUGGUGUUACUCCGCUUCUGGCUGGUCUUUUGAAUGGUUCAGGUGGGGUCACGGAGGGAGAGGAGGAUCCCAGACAAUUUUUGGACGUGAACAAUCCAGCUAUCGAAAUCUAUGGACCUCUGGGAACGCGCGCCUACAUUCGUUCUAGCCUUACCCAUACUUAUACCACGCUCGGCAGCGCAUACGUUGUGCAUGAGCUCCGCUUUCCCGACGACCCCAAGACAGGAGACUUCACCAACCUCCGCCGCCACCGGUCCGAAUCGCCAUCUGGACGCAACAUCCAACAGGUCGAUGGUCUCUGGAGAGACAUCCUCACUGACGGACGUAUUUCUGUCUCCGCCGCGCCGAUCCAGCACUCCGUUCCUUGUGUUGGCUAUGUGGUCAAUGAGGCGCCUCUCCCCGGCAAGGUCGACCCCCAAAAGUAUAUCCCAGAACUGAAGAGGACGAACACGCCCAUGAAGGUGAUGCGCGACAUCCAGGAAGGAAAACGCGUCAAGCUCAACGACGGCACCAUCCUCGAAGGUCCGCAAAACCGGCCCGGGCGGAAACUAGUGAUUUUAGGCGAUACAUACGACCCUUCUCCCAUCGAGCCUUUGGCGCUGGAUGCCCACCUGCUCAUUCAUGAGGCCACAAAUGCCCACUUACCCGGGGUAGACUCGCGGACAAAGGAAGAGGACACUUACGAGUCGAUCGAGGCCAGGACAAAAUCACGGGGGCAUUCAACACCGCAGAUGGCUGGUGCUUUUGCGAAGCGCAUUCGUGCCAGAACCCUCAUCCUGAACCACUUCUCGACCAAAUAUGCUGCUGAUGAGGAUGGCGACGACGAGGCCAAGCUGAUAAUGGACACCAUCCGCGGGCAGGCAGCUGGAAUUGCGGACUGUGAGGUGAUCUGUGCCCGCGAUUUUCUUAGUCAUACGGUAGUUGUACCUGCAGAUUAG